AUGCUAGAGACGGCCGAGCAGAAGCUCGCCCGAGUCGCCUGGACGCAAUCCAUCAUCUCGCAUCGCAUCGUCCCCGCCUCCUUCGCUAAGCAUCUCUACGAGCGCUGCUGCACCAUCCUGCACAGCAGCUACAACGAAUCCACCUACCUGUCGAUGUACGAUGAGGCGGCACGCCAUCUGUCUGUGAUCUCGUUCGAGCUGCGAACGUUCAAGGACCAGUCUACGGGCGUGACAAUGUUGGCGCUGAUCAACACCAAGGCGGACACCUUCAUUCGCGGGGCGACGCGGUAUACGGCGAACGGGAUCAGCUACAUCCGCAAGCUGGUGGAGGAGAUCUUUCGGGCGAAGCGCGAGGCGUAUUCGAUUGCGAGCAUGGAAGCUGUGCGUCUGGGCGGAAAGGUCCGGCAGCAUCUGACGAGGGAUGCGACGGAAGAACUGUUGAAGAAUCUGGUCGAUCAUCGGUGGCUCGACUACUCGGCGGACGGCAUCUACACACUUUCAACGCGAACCCUGCUCGAGCUGCGCAACUACCUCCAGAGCGAGUUCGAAGAACACUACCACGCCUGCACGCACUGCAAGGACGUCGUGACGCUGGGCAUCGGCUGCUCGUACGCCUCUCGGGGUGGCUGCGACGUGAGGUUCCACUACCACUGCGCUCGGGCUACGAUCGGCGCCAAGGUGGAUGAUGAUGAUGCGCUGCAUAGGCUCGGAGGGAUCUGUGUGGGAUGCAGAAAGAAUUGGAAGUCCCGACCGAUCGGGCCGAGGGCGUUGGGGUUGACGGGUGGAGAGGAGGGGUGGGUGAGCUCCCAGGGCGAGGCGAGUCAGGAGGCGUCGGGUAGCGGCAGGCGCAGACGCCAGGAGGAAGAAGAUGAGGAAGAUGAAGAGGAUGAGGAGGAAGGGAACGCCAGCCCAGUCGAACGCCCACGACGCCCAGUCAAGAGGCAAGCGAGCGAAGAGGACGAAGACGAAGACGAGGAGGACGAGGAAGAGGAAGCAGACACAACCGCACGCAGACCAGGAUGGGUCAAGCCAGAACCGCAACACACACCCCAGGCUUCGCGCUCUCGACAUCGGCCAACCGAGCAGGAAGAAGAGGAGGACGAGGACGAGGACGAAGAGGUCGAUGUCAAGCUUCGCAAGCGGGCGCGUUGA